AUGGCUCUUCCUAUGGCACCACCCCCCAAGAGCCCCUUGGGCCACUAUCGACUCUUAUCGCCGUCGGCUGCGGUGCGAGUCUCCCCCCUCUGUCUGGGUACCAUGAACUUUGGCAAUGCCUGGAAGGACUACAUGGGAGAAUGCGAUCAGUCGACCACGGAGGCAAUUCUUGACUUUUUCUAUGAACAGGGAGGAAACUUUCUUGACACCGCCAACAACUACCAUUUCCAGGAGUCUGAGAAAUGGCUGGGAGAGUGGAUGAAGAAGCGCGGAGUCCGCGAUGAGAUGGUCGUUGCCACCAAGUAUACGACCAACUUCCGGUCUGGUCCUAAGGGUACCAACGUCAUGGCCAACUUCACUGGCAACGGCACCAAGAGUCUCGUCACUUCAGUCAACAACAGUCUGAAGAACCUUCAAACCGACUACAUUGAUCUGCUCUAUGUUCACUGGUGGGACUACAGCACCAGCAUCCCUGAGUUGAUGCAGUCUCUUAACCAACUGGUUGUUUCUGGCAAAGUUUUGUACCUGGGCAUCAGUGACACCCCAGCCUGGGUCGUGAGCAAGGCAAAUGAGUACGCUCGCAACAACGGCCUACGCCAGUUCUCAGUGUACCAAGGUCGCUGGUCCGCGGCUUCUCGUGACUUUGAGCGAGAAAUCAUCCCCAUGUGCAGAGCUGAAGGGAUGGGAAUUGCCCCUUGGGGUGCCCUCGGUGGCGGCAAGUUCAAGACCGAGGAACAACGCAAGGCCCAGGAAGGGCGAAAGGUGGAGGCGAGCCAAGGAGAGAUCAAGACCAGUCAGGUGCUGGAAUCGAUCGCUGACCGUAAGAACUCGCUCAUCACCAGCGUUGCCCUUGCAUAUGUGAUGCACAAGACACCCUACGUCUUCCCAAUCGUGGGCGGUCGGAAGGUGGAGCAUCUCAGGGGCAACAUUGAGGCUCUCACUCUCGAACUCACCGAAGAGGACAUCAACGAGAUCGACAGUGCCGUCGAAUUCGAUCCGGGCUUCCCUCACAACUUCCUCCACCGUCCUGGACAGGUGAUUGGAGGUCAGGACGUUUGGCUGCUCAAGAUGGGUGGCACGUUCGACAACGUCCCUACGCCUAAGCCUAUCUCUCCGGCCAAGCGAGGGGAGUAG